GCAUGCAGUCGCUCCCUUUCGCUCCCACCAUGAAGCCGACACGAUGAACUCGUCGCGCGCAUUCACGAGGACCACCCAGAACACGUUCCGCAAGCCGCUCGAUUUCCUCAGCAAUCUGUCGCGCGGCCCCGUGCACCUCCCCAAGGACAAAAAAAGAAAGGACAGCAACGCCCGCCGCCGCAACAACAGCGCCAGCUCCAUUGACGACACCGACCACUCCGACGUUGAGUUCUACGCCCAAAUGGAGACGUCGAGGCGCAGCCACUCGGCGCAAAACUCGCAGGACCUGCAGCCUCCUGUGCCCCUCAUAGACAUCAGCAGCCGCAGCAACAGCCCGUACCCGCGCAAUCGAAGCGCCGCCCAGAGCGAGGACGAGGACGACGACUUCGAGCCCGCCAGCAGCAUCCGCCCCUUGGUCAGCGACGAUGUCGGCAGAGGAAGCCACGUAUUUCGCGGCUUCUGGCAAAGGGGCGGCCCUGGAGCCUUCCUUUUUGGCACGUGGAUAGGCUGGCAGAUCUGGGUUGGAAUCCUCAUCUUCUUUGUCGGCGGUAGCACGUUUGGCCUGCUCCUCAUGAACCGCUUCAUCAUGCUGACGGGCGUCUACAAAUUCCCGUUUCCCCUCACGCAAUCCUACGGACAGCUCAUAAUCACCCAUUGCCUCCUCAUACUCGCCUCGAGCCUCCUGCGCUUUUGCGGCAGCCCUCUGCACUUCGUCGGCUUCGGCGCUGCUGUGCCCCCAUCGCAGCCAGCCGCACCACAAGGAGGAGCAUACAGAGGUGGCAGGAAACCCGGCAUAUCUGCCUUUGCUCGCUGGCUCUCCAAUGGCGCCGGUGGCAUUGCAGGCGGUGGUCUGUUUGAGUUUGACUUGCAGACCGCCAAGCAGGUGUUCCCGCUCGCUGUAGUCUUUGUGGCCAGAGUCCUUCUCAGCAACUACUCGUUUGCAUACGCGCCACUUCCAACCUACCAACUCGCUCGUAUCGGCAUCACCCCGCUCGCCAUCAUCUUUGCCUGUGUCUUGCAAAAGGAAAAUGUCACUGGCAGCACCCUCUCGGCCGCACUUAUCGCCACCCUCAACCUCUUCUUCGCUUCAUACCGCUCCGACGUUCGUGUGACGUGGGAGUCCGUCGUUGCCGGUGUAUUCUCCUCCAUCUUCGUCGCCCUAUAUCCCAUCAUGCUUUUGCGGACAUACCGUGCCAUGGUAGCAAGUCUUGUGCCUUCUGGAGAUGUCCUCACAGGAUACCCUUCGGGCUCGGAAGAGUAUGGCAACCGAGAAGAGACGCGUGCCUUUUAUCGCCUGCUCCACUAUCUUUCGGUUGUCUCCCUCAUGGUUCUCACCCCCAUUGUCAUCAUCUCUGGCGAGGUCCCGCACGUUUACCACAACAUCCCCUUCCUUGACGUUCAGUUCUUCUGGGCUAUGAUGUUGUUUGGUGGCCUGGGCUCAUGGGCCGUUUUCUUCGGCACACUACUACUCGUCAAGACGACAUCUCCAUUGUCGACGACUUUUGUUGCCGUCCCCAGGAGUGCCUUUCAACUUGUCGCCAUCUCCGCCUUCAAGAGUCCUGCCCCGACUUGGAUCGGCGUGAUUCUCUGCUGGAUCAGCAGUCUGUGGUUCCUGGUUGCAAGGAGAGAUGAAGGCCGUAGUCGAAAUAGGCUGAGGCUGGAGGGGCGGUAGAGAGAUUAUCUUUCUCGCAGGUUUUCUUGUGUCUUAUUCAUUUUGAGCCUGGCAUUUAAGACUGCUUCUUCUUCUUCUUCUUUUUUAGCUCCC